CUCUCUCGGAGCCCCGAGCUGCCCCGCGAGCUGCCCCCCUCGCGGCGACUGCGCGGUCCGCGGCCCAGCGAGCCGGAACUUCUGGAACGACGUCUAAAUGGAAAUAUCAAGUGCCGUUAAUGGUCUAGGACACUUGAUAAAAAGAUAAAAACCCCUGGGCAUGAGGCUCCUUCAAAACUUGAGAAGAAGGCAGUGCCCCCGCUUCUGAGCACCCACGUACCAGCACAGGAAACCCAACACCAAGUUAGUGACAUGAACACGGUAGCCGGGUUCAUGGUCUCGGUGGGGCCCUGGUCUCAGUGUCGCAGUCUGUCCGGGCUUUGGGGAGACAGAGGGUGAGCCUGGACCUGACAGACUGGCCCCCCAUCGCUGGAUGUGCACUCACUUGGCAGCUCCAGGCCGCCUGCCGACAGCCAGCUCCGUGCCUCGGCCGAGCAGCGGGCCCCCUCCUCCUCACGGACCCCCUCCUCCCCACUCUCCGUCUGCAGCAUCUAGCGGGCUGGCCUUCAGUCACCCAGGGGCGAGCAGCCUGCUUUCCCGGCCUCUGCAGACGCGAGAGUGUGAGCGCGGUGUCUCUGACCGUGCUCCAGGCUGCUCACGCAUGACGGGGGGGCCAGACACACUACCGUCCCAUCUGGGUCCUCACCAGGGCGCUGCUGAGAGGGAAAGAGGCCCUACUGAUAAUUACGCUGAGGGGACGGCCACACACCCCACGACCCGCUGCAGGGUCCAGCUCUCCACACCGGAACCUCCAGCAUCUUCCUAAAUGGAGAAGUCCUCUCUAAGAUAAUAGACUUUGAAAAACCAUAGCUUCCAUCUGCCCGCCAUGUGGAGCUGCCCACUCAACGGCACGGGCGGCGAGGACCAGCUCCCCUGCCAGCACGUCCAGCGGGCCCUGUCCGCCCUCUCGCUGCUCUACCUGCUUGUCGGCGUCCCCCUCGGCCUCGGCUACAACGCCCUGCUGCUGCUGGUCAACCUGCACGACCCGGGCGGCAUGACCAUGCCCGACGUCUACUUCGCCAACAUGGCCGCGGCCGGCCUGGUGCUCAGCGCCCUGGCGCCUGCGCACCUGCUGGGCCCCGGCGCUGCCGGCUGGGCCGUGUGGGACGUGGGCAGCGAGGUCCACGUCACGCUGCUGGUGCUGUUCAACGUGGCGGCGCUGGUGACCCUGUACUCCACGGCGCUGCUGGGCCUCGACUGCUACAUCGAGCGGGCGCUGCCGCGCACCUACAUGUCGAGCGUCUACAACACCAGGCACGUGUGCGGCUUCGUGUGGGGCGGCGCCCUGCUCACCGGCUUCUCCUCCCUGCUCUUCUACAUCUGCAGCCACGUGGCUGCCAGGCUGGCCGAGUGCUCCCAGGUGCGGGACACGGAGGCGGCCGACGCCAUCAUGCUGCUCAGCGGGUACCUGGUGCCCGGCCUGGCCGUGCUGUACGCGCUCGUGCUCCUCACGCGGAUCCGGAAGGAGGACACGCCGCUCGACCGGGACGCGGGCCAGCCGGACCCCUCGGCGCACAGGCUGCUGGUGGCCACCGUGUGUGCGCAGUUCGGGCUCUGGACGCCCCACUACCUGACGCUCCUGGGGCGCACGGUCCUGGCUGCGCAGGGGAGGCCAGUGGACGGGCACCACCUGGGGACGCUGCUCCUCGCCGAGGACCUGUCCAGGUUCCUGGCCUUCGCCAGCAGCGCUGUGGUGCCGCUUCUUUACCGCCACAUCGACAGAAACUUCCCCGGCAAACUCCGGCGGCUGAUGAAGAAGCUGCAACGUGGGCACCAGAGCUGCUCCUUGGACGAAGCGGGGGCACAGCCGGCGAUGGCGUAGACGCUGCUCCUCGGGCCUCGGCCAACCGAGGGGCAGACGGCGCGUGGCAGAAGGCACAGCCCGCAGUGGCCGGGCCCCCCGCUCCCUCCCUCCCUCCCUCUCCCCAGGAGACCAGGCAGAACCAGGCGAGUCCCCUUGAAGCUUCCCGUGUCCUCCCACAGGAAGCCACCCUCAGGCCAAGGCCAUGAUGUCCGAGCAGCAGGUGCCAGGUGUGAGGAUGGGCUGCCAUCGGGGCACCUGGCCGCCCGCGGGGCGUGCGCUUGUCCCCUGCGGUGCCUUUCAGGUCCUCGCCGGCAGCAGCCUGCUCCCCUCAGCCUCAUGUCUGGCUUUCAAAUGAGUGAUGACAAUCUAACGCCACUAUUUAUACUUUGCAUUGUUAAAAUACUCCAUCCCCCCUCCCUCUUGUUCUGUUGUUUAUGAAGAGACGUUUGGUAGGAAAGUCAGAAGGUAUUAAAAUGAAGGAGACACACGGAAGCGCAUUCGGGGAAUGGGUGGGUGGUGGGCUCGCGGGGCCGGGGCUGCUGGCGACUUGGCGUCCACGUGGACGUGGUGGGAGAAGAGUCAGACGGGGCCUCUCCUGCCCCCAGGUGUGCCCCCGGGUCACGUCCGCUGUCGCUGGGCCAGCGUGGGUCUGUCCUAAACAAGUCCCCAAAGUGUGCACAAAAGUAAAUAAACCGAAGGAAGAAAAGUGCUGUUAGGAUUUCUAACCUAACCCGAAAGCCGAUGGGCCUGCCGACGGGAAAGAGGGAUUUGGACGGGUGGGCGUCACCGGGGCCACAAGGGUGCCGCCCGCUCCCGGGACAGACAGACGGAUGGUGCAGACCAGACGACCUGACCAGACGGGGCGGGGCUCAGAGGAGCCUCCCUUCCCCC